CACGGCUUCCAUUUCUGUUCUGGAGCACACGAGCGCUCGCGAAGAAUACACAUUUGCUUUUCUGAAUUUGCCUUCUAAUGUAAAUAGAGUAGUAAGUGCGGCAGUCUGAGAGAGCGAACGGUGUUUGUGUUUUGAUAAAUAGUUUUGUUUAUUCUGCUGGGGGACACGUUUGAGCGCCGGAAGAAGCAAGGCGGGUUUUUAUUCCCCAUUUUAACUUUAGUGAGCGGCGCUUUCCGCCGUUUUUUUAUUCCCUCCCCUGCCCCUCUCUCUCUCUUGCUCCCCCCCGUGAGAGUCGCGGCCUGUAGUGCAGCCACGAGGCGCGUCGGACCACCGGGAAUCAGGCGAUGGCGGAGUUUGGUAACGGACUGGCAGAGGAGUCUCUGCUGGACUCAGACCCGGGUCACUCAGAACUUGAAGACCCAGGCGUUGGCGAUGAAGAACCGGGAUUAGACGAGGGGGAGGCCGCAAUUGAAGAUCCGGAGCUGGAGGCAAUUAAAGCCCGGGUGAGAGAGAUGGAGGAGGAGGCAGAGAAACUGAAGGAGCUACAGAACGAGGUGGAGAAACAGAUGAAUCUCAGUCCUCCACCUGCUGGCCCUGUCAUUAUGUCCAUUGAAGAGAAGAUAGAAGCUGACGGGAGAUCUAUUUACGUUGGAAAUGUGGAUUAUGGUGCUACAGCUGAGGAGUUGGAGGCGCAUUUCCAUGGCUGUGGAUCUGUAAACAGAGUCACCAUCUUGUGUGAUAAGUUUACAGGACAUCCCAAAGGGUUUGCUUAUAUAGAGUUUGCAGACAAGGAGUCUGUUAGGACAGCCAUGGCACUAGAUGAGUCCUUAUUCAGAGGAAGGCAGAUUAAGGUUGGGGCCAAGAGAACAAAUCGUCCUGGCAUUAGCACCACAGACCGCGGUUUCCCUCGGGCCCGCUUCCGCUCACGGGGAGGAAACUUCUCAUCCCGGGCGCGUUACUACAGUGGCUACACACCCCCCAGAGGCAGAGGACGGGCCUUCAGGGGCCGAGGGCGAACAACAUCGUGGUACUCCCCUUACUAAUACCUCCCCCACCCCCCCUAUGAAAUCCCCCCCUUACUAUCAUCCCGUACCCCUCUAUAGAAAAGAAAAAAAGAUCCCUCUCAAAAAAGGAAGGAAAAAAAGAAGAAAAAAAAAGACAAAAAAAAAGAAAAAAAAGAGAGCAUCUCCUGGAAAGACAGACUGACUGGCCGCAGUGUGCGAUUGUGUGUGCGCGUGCGUGUGAGGAGGUGUUGCGAUCGCCCUGGUAAGGUACAAUAUGGCCGUCUGGGAGAUUUGGUGGCAUUUGUUUCAAUUUGAGAAAGUGAUGUAAUCUCAGGCUGCAGAUGUGUGUCCUUUUUGUCUGGCUGUGAUUUUUCUCUCACCAAACAGCCCCUCUUUAUGUUUGCACUCGAAGGCAAACAGAAAAAAAAAUGUUAACUUUUUGUUUGUUUUUCUUUUAAUUAUUGUAACGUGAACAUGUGAACGAUUUAAUAGCAAGAAUGUUGUUGUUUUCACCAAGUUGUGCUAUUUGAAGAACACAUUUUCUAUUGUCUAUGCUCUCUGGAACCCCUUUUCCCCCCUUCCUCCCAGCGCUGGUUUCUUUUCCUGUUCAUCCCUCACUCGGAUUUGACCUCCUUCACCUGCGUUACGCGGUUUAGAGUUCGGCUUUGUUGAUAAGCUUUUCUUUUAAUAAUGUUUCACUGUUCUCAUCUUCCACAUCAUACGACUAUUGUAAGAUGGCAUGGCCUGAACUCCUAGAUCUUUUCUGUUCUUCAUUUUGAUUUUCUUUCGUCUCAUGCUGCCAUACUCCAUUCCCGCCCAUCAGUGUUUUUCCCCUGUUCCCCUGUCUCCCCCCCCCCUUCUCUCUCUGUCUCUCUUGCUCUCUCUCUGUAUAUUAGACCACUUCUUGUCGUUUCAGGUUUCAGGACCAGUGGAGGCUGACAACCCCUCCUCCGGUGGCCGCGGCGCCCCCUACCGUCUCGGCGGCGUCUCUGUCUCUUUCUGCUCCCGCU